CCAUGAUAGAGAAGGGAUCUUUCUGCAUGUACGGAGGAUAUGAAGGAGAGAAGGAAAAGGUGUAACGAGUGUGUGGUAAAAAAAAAGAGGAAACUUGGAGAAUAAGAUCCGCAGGAUUCCAGGAGAAACAGUUGGAGACGAACUGUCAGACGAACAGGAGAGAUUGGUGGACAGUGAGACAAAGAGGCGCCUUUGGUGUGGUGUUCAAGACAAAACAGAAAUCUAAAUCCAACUCGAGCUCACGCUUUGGGAUGGGAAUGACGGAGCAUUAGUGGCACGAAAAUUAAAGGACUCAAAGCUCAUUCCGUUUCUUCGUUGGGUCGGCUUUAUUUGCUCUACAGUGGUGGACAGUAGGCUGAAUGGACCGAUGAGUUAAGCCCCUUUAUCUCCGCUGUUGUUGUUACCAGUUCUCGCCAUUGUUUGCGCCCCGAGGUGUUAAUCUUCUUGUGCUUUGAGACUUACUAAAGAGGAUCCUAAAAACAAACCUUGCGCCGAUGAGGAGUGAAUCCUAAUAUAACAAAAGUGGGCUUUCCGAGGAAGUGACGGAUGAGCCGGAGUUAUUCUGGGCAUCGUCUCAUUUAAAGACAAAUUAUUUGCAGUCGACAAAAUGACCUCCUCGUGUUCAGUGGUCCAAGAAUCGGCUCUCAACUUGUCCAACGGAUCUACUCACGAGGGUGCAGACAAGAUCAAGAUGGAGGACGAGGAAGACAUGGACGAUACGCCUUCAAGUCUCCCCUCCAAUAGUGACACAGCUGCUGCCAUUCGAUCCCAUUCGAUUGACGCCAUUUUGGGACUGAGGAACAACGGUCCCAAUGGCACCCAUCACCAGUUCCUGAGUCAGGAACAUUUCAAUGAACUAGUCAACAAGGCUAGGUUGUCCUCGAGCACCCAACAAGCCAUUAAUUUUAGUACAAAUUUGCUUGCCUCCAACCCUGUGCAAUCUAAUCGUUCUCUGGAUAAGGAUCUGAACCUUCAGCACAAAUUAAGCCGUGGAGGAUUUACCCACAAUGCUUUGGGUAUUCCAACAUCUUCGCUGUUGUCGACGUCAUCGGCGACGUCAUCGGCGGCGGACCGACAACUGAAUGGCUCCAAAAUUAGCUCUUCAAAUUCGGCGGCGAUUGGCGCUAAGAACAACGGGCGUUCUGGAGGAGGAGGAGGAGGAGGAGGAAUAGAUCCCAUAGAGUCCAGAGGAGCCAAUGGAUCAGAAGCACGAGGAGAGCAUCAUCAUAAUAAUAACAACAAUAACAAUAACAGCAACAACAGCAUUAGUAAUAGCAAUGGUCGGCAACACCAUGACAGUGAAGACGAGAUCAGUGAUAACAAUACUGGAGAGGACAAUGAUUCCGAUGGAGGCAAGAAUAGUAAGAAGCACCGCCGGAAUCGCACCACCUUUACCACGUAUCAACUCCACGAAUUGGAGCGGGCGUUCGAGAAGUCCCAUUACCCGGACGUGUAUUCCCGAGAGGAAUUAGCAAUGAAAGUCAACCUUCCCGAGGUUCGAGUCCAAGUCUGGUUCCAGAAUCGAAGAGCCAAAUGGAGGCGCCAAGAAAAGAUGGAGGCGGCUCGGUUGGGCUUGCAAGACUUCCAAUUAGGAGGAUUGGCCAGUGCCCUGGGAAGGCCACCACCUGGUCUGGGGUUGCCGCCGGGAUGUGAACCCUGGGGUCUGGGGCCCUCACCCUUGUCAUCGCUUUCUCAUUCAUUACCGGGAUUUCUCUCCCAUCCACAAUUUCGAUUGCAGGCCGCAUACGCCAGCUAUCUCACGUCACCCGGUGGGUCAUUAUCCGGACUUUCCUCCAACCUGUCGGCAUCCUUGUCCGGUCCCUUGCCACCUCUACCCCAUUCUCUGAUCAAUUCGUCGCCCUUAACGUUGACUACAAGUACGAGUUUUGGGGGCAAACACGUUGGCUCGCCACCAGUGUCGCCAAUUUCGAUCACGGAUUCGGUCAAAAGUCCUGACACUCCCAGCAGACACAUGAGUCCUAGCUCAUUUGGUCCCAGUGGAGAAGAUCCACGAUUUGGCAGCAUUGAAUCCCUACGUUUGAGAGCCAAAGAACAAUUGGAGUUGCUCAAGGAUCAGCACUGUUUCCGAUAGACGAGGGAAGUGAGAUGAUAAAAAGAAUCAACUGUUUGUUUUAGUUUGAUGUUCUUUCUGCACUAUUCAUACUUCAUUGUUCAUCUGACGAUUUGCUUUUAGUGAAUUUCUAAAUCUGAUUAACUUGCACUUGAUCGAAUAAAAAUAGAAUUCAAGCAUU